AUGGCUCCUGCCGUUGGUGCUCUAAAAACGAAACAAGCUCUUGUGGAUAGUCAAGCCGUUCCUGGAAAACACAAUUCAACGUCUUCCAUACGUCGUUCCUCAGCCUAUGUUUUUGCGCCUAGUUGGAUGCAAUCGUCAUCCAACAACCAACCAUCAUCCAUCAAGCAAUGGCCAGCGUUGGCAUUUUCAUCGUGUGAUGCUGCGCAUCGUGAGGUCAUGGAGAACGACAGACACUCGAUACCAUGGUUAUCCAAUGAUACAGAUAUAAGUUCGCUUUCUCCACAUUCAUCUAAUUCCGCGCCUUAUCCGGUACAUCUGCGAACAGGUCGUCCAUCUCAAACCCAUUCAUCCUAUGCAACAGCAUUUCAUAAACCCUCUCAUUUUCAUCAACCAUCGCCACAAUCAUCUUUAUCUUCGACUACAAGCUCUACACCGCCGUCUCCCAAAGAGUUUGAACAUGAGUUCCCCAACUUGGUCCACUCCGUAGUGGAAGAUGAAAAGAGGAAUAUCAAAUCAGCGUGGAACGAUCCCACGUCCAUUAAACAAAAAUUACGAUCUCCACCCAUAUCGGCGACAAAUACGCCUGACGUCGCCUUACCAAGUUCGCAUGAUAUGGAAAUAGCACGCUUGAAAGUACUCGUCCCCAAACGUCAAACCGCUGUGAAGAAGACCCAUCUUCCAAAUCAUUCGUCCACCAAAAACACGAGUGCUGUACCUGUGCGUUCAUCUUCAUCAAAACCCUCUGCAAAAGCUCCCAUGAGCUCUACUUCGACCACUAAUACUCCAAACGAGAAGAUUGUCAAACUGUCGCUGCCGCAUAAAGCUCCUAUGGCGAAUAAAGCAACCAAGUCGCCUUCUGAUACCAUAUUAGCUCCUUAUGCAAACCCUAACGACUCAAAUCUUCCUCGCGAUUUAUUGCCUCAGCCCUUGCCAGCCGCUACGCAGGAAGUCAAAGAACGCAUCUUACAUCUUAUUCGGGAAUGGACGGGUGGCGCCGUUCGAUGGGAAACUAAUUGUGGACUACAAGACUCAAACAGAAAAGCGAAAUCAUCAUUGAUCGUGGGUUACAAUGUGGCACCCUCCACGAAUACUUCUGCUUCUUCCUAUUCUCUAUUGUCUGUGCAGGGAUGGCAGGCAUCAUUGCCGGAAGACCCCCACCGCGGGCUUUCUUCGUAUGUCCGUCCCACAGAAAAGCCCUUGGAUCGCAUGUAUUGCUUUGAUCAACCGGAUGCUACAGUGAUGAUUUGCUCCAAUACCAUCGAUGAUCGCUACUCAUCCCAUUGGCCUUUCCAACUGAGUAAUGUAUAA